UCCCGCUCACCCCCUAUGGGGAGAGACCCCUCACCUCGACACACUGUGCUACCUCCCACGCACACGGGCUACCCCGGGGCCGAGGCUGCCACCGCAGGGGGCCCCCUACACUGCAGGGCAACGAGGAAGCGGCAGAGCUGCUUCCAUCGACCUCCGGGCACCACAAGCGCCGGCCAAGCCCCGCUCGCCUUCGGCCGCCCCGACAAGGCCCGGCCCGGGGUGGCGGCCGCACCACCGCCACUGCGCAUGCGCGCCAGCAGCACCGCCGCAGCCAUCGGGAAACGGGAGCGCUCCCGGCCCGGGGCGGAGCGGGGCGGCAUGACGAGCCUGGUCCCCGCCGCCGCCUCGUCCCCCGCCGGGGCCGCGUCCCGCAGCAAGAAACGCCCGGCGAGCCCGGGCACGGGCGGCGGCCCCGCCAAGAAAAAGAAGGCGACGGCGCCUGGCGGCUCACAGAGUGCAGGUGGAGAGGCUGUGAGUGAAAAUAAAUUUCUGAACACAGACUCCAGCACAGGAUCAGUGGAAACUACUGCCAAGCCAUUACCAUUUAAAGACCCAAACUUCAUCCACUCCGGCAUUGGUGGAGCAGCAGCUGGCAAGAAGAACAGAACAUGGAAGAACCUAAAACAAAUUCUUGCUUCUGAAAGGGCAUUGCCAUGGCAACUAAAUGAUCCUAGCUAUUUUAAUAUUGAUGCUCCUCCUUCUUUUAAACCUGCUAAGAAAUACUCAGACAUCUCAGGACUUCCAGCAAAUUACACAGAUCCACAGAGCAAGCUAAGGUUUAGUACUAUCGAAGAAUUUGCCUAUAUUCGGAUGCUCCCUUCAGAUGUGGUUACAGGAUACCUGGCUCUAAGGAAGGCAACAAGUAUUGUUUCCUGAACUGACUAAAUAUGCUUGUAUAUCGCUUGUGAACAGUGCUCAUUUGGAGUAUCAUAAUGGAAACUGACUGUGGGACUGAGAUUCUUUAAGACCAUCCAUGGAUUUUUACAUCUGGAAGUAGUUGAUGAUACAUGCAUUUGAAGAACAUAUGGAUUUAAUUUUCAAAAAUGCUGAUAUUUGUUAGUUUGCCAAUUUGUUAGCAGUUUAGUUUGGUGAACAGAGUAACUUAGACCAUAAGGAUAUAUAUCUGUACUAAAAUAUCUCAUGUACUAUAAUUUAUAUUAAUUUCUGUAAAGACAGGAUUUCAUCUCCACCCUGUAUAUUUUAUGUACUACCCUAGCUCAGAAGAAACUGUCAUUUGAUUUAAGGAAAAGGUAACAAGAUAUCCAAAUGUCUAAACCUGCCUUACCAGAUGUGCAUGCCACUUGGCUGUGAAGUUUGUCCCAUCUGUAAAAUGAAGCUAAAAUGCCCAGCAAGUGCUGCAAUUGUGAUGAAUUUUCAGGGUUCUGUGGCACUGUGAAAAUGAAGACACAAAUGUUUGUAUUUAAUUAACUGCCAACGUAAAUAAAGUUGGACUCAAACUUGCUUGUAAAA